AUGAAUAUCCUUCAACAACCGAAUCUAGAAGAGUUCAAGAUCCUUUUAUUUGGUGCUACGAUUGACGACAUGGAAUCUUUCAAAAAUAUAUCAGAAGAACUUUUGCAAGUCGAGUUUCUCACUGUAUAUGAUUACGAUGAGAAAGGUAUGCUUGAAAUCUUGCCGAUUUUUGACCCGCACACAUUGAUCGGUCUCACACUUGAUGGGGUGGCUAUGGAUGAUGACGAUGAAGGGAUGGAUGAUGACGAUGGCAGUGGAUAUCAUUCUGGGCCUUUGUACAUCGAUCUAAGUGAAAUAAUGGAACUGGAUCAGUGGAAGAUGAGCGAAUAUAGACGGUUUCUACGUUUACCCUGA